UGCGCCUGGCAGUGCCUCACUGGGCUGUAGCACGUUGAUAGCCAACCGUUUAAAAAUGUGCAAGGACAUUUUUUCAACACAUUUUCAGACUAAAAGCAUGCUGUGCAAAUGGACAAGACCUCAUGUCCUCAUCUUUUCACUUAUACUUUCACUUCCAUCUGCAUCAUAUGGUUCUCACUCUUUGUCAUUGCUUUCAACUUAUAUUCAAGGAGAAACACAAUUUCCUAAAUUUAGUUACAUAACAACUCUGGAUGACAUCACAGUUGGAUACUAUAAUUCAGAGAUUUAUAUUCCAAAAGGGAAUAUGACAAAUGAGGAUGAUGUGAUUGAGUCAGAUUACAUAAAGGGUAUAAGUAAAUAUAUGAAAAACUCCUUCAUGAGACGAUCUGCACUGUUGAGUGACUACAGCCAAACUGAGAGUCUUUGUGUCUAUCAGACUCUGGUUGUCUGUGAGCUGCUGGAACUUGACAAUCCUGGAAAGAUGAUUAUUAAAGAUGCUGCUGGUGGCUACACCACAGAUGAAAUGUCUUACUUUAACAACAACUUUACUUAUACUGUGACUGUAAAUAUUACACAAGAAGAGCUCAAACCUCACCUUGAACAAUUCAAGCAGGAAUUUGCAAAGAUCUUUUACCCAAUUUGCAUAACAACUCUCAAAAAUUACCUCAAAAAGAGAGGAGGUCAAGUGGAAAGGAGUAAGUCCUCAAGGACACAUGCACAUUUGUAUCAUGAAUCUUCCAUUCCAGAUGUUUAUAAACAAUCUUCAGGCUCAUAAAUAAACUUAAAUGUG